CGGGUGCGGGUUGAGGCCAUGGGCGACCGCGGCGGCGCGGGCGGCUCCCGGCGCCGGAGGACGGGCUCACGGCCCUCCAGCCAGGGCGGCGGCGGGCCCGCGGCGGCGGAAGAGGUGCGGGACGUGGGCCCCGCGGGAGACGCGCCCGCGUCGGCCCCGGCCCCCGACAAGGACGAGAACGGAGGCUCCGACGUGGGUAGCGGCCACUGGGAUCUGAGGUGCCACCGCCUGCAGGACUCUCUGUUCAGCUCGGACAGUGGCUUUAGCAACUACCGCGGGAUCCUGAAUUGGUGUGUGGUGAUGCUGAUCUUGAGCAAUGCACGGUUAUUUUUAGAAAACCUCAUCAAGUACGGCAUCCUGGUGGACCCCAUCCAGGUGGUGUCUCUGUUCCUGAAGGACCCCUACAGCUGGCCCGCCCUGUGUCUAGUUAUUGUGGCCAAUGUCUUUGCUGUGGCUGCGUUCCAGGUGGAGAAGCGCCUGGCAGUGGGUGCCCUGACGGAGCAGGCAGGGCUGCUGCUGCACGUGGUCAACCUGGCCACCAUUCUCUGCUUCCCGGCGGCCGUGGCCUUGCUGCUUGAGUCCAUCACUCCAGUGGGCUCCGUGCUGGCUCUGAUGGUGUACACCAUCCUGUUCCUCAAGCUCUUCUCCUACCGCGAUGUCAACCUGUGGUGCCGAGAACGAAGGGCCAAGGCCAGGGCCAAGGCUGCUUCCGCAGGUAAGAAGGCCAACGGGGGAGCUGCCCCGCGCACCGUGAGCUACCCGGACAACCUGACCUAUCGUGAUCUGUACUACUUCCUCUUUGCCCCGACUCUGUGCUAUGAGCUCAACUUCCCCCGCUCGCCCCGAAUCCGAAAGCGCUUCCUGCUGCGGCGGCUCCUGGAGAUGCUGUUUCUGACUCAGCUCCAGGUGGGGCUGAUCCAGCAGUGGAUGGUCCCCACCAUCCAGAACUCCAUGAAGCCUUUCAAGGACAUGGAUUAUUCCCGCAUCAUCGAGCGCCUCCUGAAGCUGGCGGUCCCCAAUCACCUCAUCUGGCUCAUCUUCUUCUACUGGUUCUUUCACUCCUGCAUGAACGCCGUGGCUGAGCUCAUGCAGUUCGGAGACCGGGAGUUCUACCGGGACUGGUGGAACUCGGAGUCCGUCACCUACUUCUGGCAGAACUGGAACAUCCCUGUGCACAAAUGGUGCCUCAGACACUUCUACAAGCCCAUGCUUCGCCGGGGCAGCAGCAAGUGGCUGGCCAGAACCGGGGUGUUCUUUGCCUCGGCUUUCUUCCACGAGUACCUGGUGAGCGUGCCUCUGCACAUGUUCCGCCUCUGGGCCUUCACAGGCAUGAUGGCGCAGAUCCCCCUGGCCUGGCUGGUGAGCCGCUUCUUCCAGGGCAACUACGGCAACGCGGCCGUGUGGCUGACGCUGAUCAUCGGGCAGCCGGUGGCCGUGCUCAUGUACGUCCACGACUACUACGUGCUCCACUACGAGGCCCCCGUGGCCGGGGCCUGAGCUCCUCCACGGCCGGGCCUGUGGCCGCCGCCUCCCGCCUCACUGCCCAUGGCCGGAGCCCGCCCUCCCACCUGUGUGCCGGGGAGGGGGCCUGGCCAUCCGGAGGGCUUCUCUGCCCCUAUGGGGCUCCUUCCCGCCCUACUCAGGGCCGGCAGCCCAGUGUCCCAGGAACCUGUGCCGACCCUGCCCAGGGGUCCGAGGGGAUCAAUAAAGUGCUGUCCGGAGUGGCGCCCUCAGCCUGCGGGGAUCGUGGGGUGCUAGUGGCGCUCUCGGGGGUGGGGGGCUCGGAGUCCCACUGACCUUCCGGUGCCCGUGCCCUCGCGGGGCGGGGGGGCGCUGUGUCCUGGCUGGAGGGGCGGGAGCAAAGCCACAGUGCCCCGGAGGCCGACUCCUCCUCCCCGGCCCUCAUCUCUACCGCAGGCGGCAACCCCCACCGCCCAGCAGGACCUGGCUGAGGUCACAUGUCCUGUCCUGUCACUGCCCUUGUUAACCUGGCGUGUGUGCUCGUUGUCGGGGUGGGGGGGGGGCAGCUCAGAGCUCUGUGGUCCCUGUGCUGGGGCCCUGGAAGAAGACGGUGCCGAAGGACUUCCCAGCAGGGGACCUUGGCUCGGGGCACAGGCUGGAGGUCCGGAGUGUGCCCGAGGGCCAAGAAUCAGAGCCAGUGGCUGGCCUGGCGGCACCGCGUGCUGGUGCCAUUCUUAGGCUGUGAUGCUCAUGGUGGCUGAGUCCCCGGAUCCUUGGGGGGAGGCAGGUGGCCUGGCCUGACCCAUAACCUUGGUCUUCCUCCUGAGCACGUCCAUGCAAAGGCUCGAACGCCAGCUCUCUGCCCCUGCCUGACACCCAGGAGGGACUCUCAGGUGCCCUGGCUUGGAGCCCCGCACUCGGCAGCUCCCGUGCACGCCUGAGCGCGGCCCUCAGGACGCUGUGCUCCCAGCCGGUGGGGGGCAGCCCGACGGGGGGCAGCCCGGAGCCCGUUCCCACCUGACUUGGUGUUAGGCUCUAUCAAAGACCCCGAGGCCAUGUCUGGCUCCAUGGGCCCCAGUCACAGACAUGGUCUGACGAGGCAGGUGAGGGGGUGCCCGGGCAGUGGCCUCGAGGGCCAUGCUGCCCCCCCCGCCUCGAAUCUGCCCAGCCUCACGUCCCCACCACCUCUCGCUGUGACGGCGGCAGGGGUAGAGGGUCUCCCUGGGCCCUGCUGGGGCUGGGGAGCGGGGAGUGGGUGGGCGCCUGGGCACAGGGCACCCGGUGGGCCACUCUGCUCUCCCCCGUCCCCACCCCUCCCCUGCUCCCAAACCGGCCAGUGCCUCGAGAAAGAGUGACAAGCAGGGUUGUGCGGCCGCCCGCGCUCCCCCAGUCCCCUCGUGGGGAGGUCUUGGGAAGGGCGUUCCUGUGGGUCCGUCCCACUGCCCCCUUCCAGGUCCUCGAAUAAAGAAUUGUGAGCACA